UUGUUUUCAUUCAUAACUUUUUCCUUUUCCUUCCUCUCCGUCAACUAUUUAUUCCCCGCUCGUCUCAGCGAGGAUUGCAGAGGGCGCAGCUCCACCGCGGGAACCGGCGAUGUGGCGACACCGCUCCGCCGCCCGGGCCCCCGGCUCGCUGCGCCCCGGCUCUUUAGGAAUCCGGCUUCUCCUUUAAAGUGUAGACAGAUAUUUAUUUAUAACCCUCCCUGCCUUGGGCUUGCUUUUUGGCGCCUGCAUUCACUCCGAAGGCUUUUCCUGACUUGUAAGCAUCCUUGGUGGCAUACGCCAAAAGGCUUUGGAAAUCCACGGUGAUCCUUAGAAUGUGAUGGGAUUGUCCGAAAAGGAUUUCAGAUGCAUGCCAGGUUUCCACUGAUUGCCAGAAAUCAAGAUCACUACACAUGGAUCCCCAAAAUCAGCAUGGCAGUGGCAGUUCAUUAGUUGUGAUCCAGCAGCCUGCAUUGGAUAACCGUCAGAGGCUAGACUAUGAGAGGGAGAUUCAGCCUGCUGCUAUUUUGUCCUUAGACCAGAUCAAGGCCAUCAGAGGCAGCAAUGAAUACACAGAAGGGCCAUCUGUGGUGAAAAGACCUGCUCCUCGAACUGCACCAAGACAAGAAAAGCAUGAGAGGACUCACGAAAUCAUACCGAUUAAUGUGAAUAAUAACUAUGAGCAUAGACCUACCAGCCACCUGGGACAUGCAGGACUCUCAAAUAACGCCAGAGGCCCCAUACUGAGCAGAUCAACCAGCACCGGAAGCGCAGCCAGUUCUGGGAGCAACAGCAGUGCCUCUUCUGAGCAGGGGCUGUUAGGAAGGUCCCCGCCAACCAGACCCAUCCCUGGUCACAGGUCUGAAAGGGCAAUCCGGACUCAGCCCAAGCAACUGAUUGUGGAUGACUUAAAGGGCUCCUUGAAAGAGGACCUGACGCAGCACAAGUUCAUUUGUGAACAGUGUGGGAAGUGCAAGUGUGGGGAAUGCACAGCUCCCAGGACCCUGCCAUCCUGCUUGGCCUGUAACCGGCAGUGCCUUUGCUCCGCUGAGAGCAUGGUGGAGUACGGAACCUGCAUGUGCUUGGUCAAGGGCAUCUUCUACCACUGCUCCAAUGACGAUGAAGGGGAUUCCUACUCGGAUAAUCCUUGCUCCUGUUCACAGUCACAGUGCUGCUCUAGGUACCUGUGUAUGGGAGCCAUGUCUCUGUUUUUACCUUGCUUACUUUGUUAUCCUCCAGCCAAGGGAUGCCUGAAGCUGUGCAGGGGGUGUUAUGACUGGAUCCAUCGCCCAGGGUGCAGAUGUAAGAACUCCAACACUGUCUAUUGUAAGCUGGAGAGCUGCCCCUCCCGGGGACUGGGUAAACCAUCAUGAUUUUUGGAGGUGGGUUGGACCUCCUGAACUUCUCUUGCUUUCAGGCUGUGGCUGUUAAAAAAGAUGCUGUCAGAUACUGGUUUUAUUUUCUUUGCAGUUUUCCCCUGUCCCACCUUUCUCCCCUCCUUUCCAAGGUUUGACUCAUGGAUUGUACUCUUCUCUAAUGGAUGAUCUUCAGUAAGAGUGGACUGUGAAAUGCAUCUGGCUCCCCCUUAUGACAAGAGCCUCUGCCAUCCACUCGAGAGGGUAUUGAGAGCCAGUGGGCUUUUGUGUAGCCUUUUUGUUCUGCAAGCAACUUUCCCAAGUUGUACACGUGAACAUAUCCACACAUGUACACCCAGGCUACAGUGAUUUAGAGCUGUUUUUGAUUGGGUACUCUGGGAACAGGGAAAUUGGUGUUUAAAGAAGCAGCCAUUUAAUUGCUUAAAUAAGCUAUAUAUUAAAUCUGUCUCCAAUUAGGGCUAUCUUCAUAGCAUUAGACACUUAAGUAGCAUGGGAGAUCUGUUUUUGUUACAACGUUAAAAUUCUCCUUUAACCACUGCCCUCUCCUUCUUGCUCCUCAAUUUUCUGUCCCCUCAGUUUUGGCAUUAUCAUUUUUAGAGAUGCCAGGGUUUUCUGUUUUUUUUUUUUUUUUUUUUCUGUGUAAUUUUAGGUCUGCUUUACAAUGUAAGUCUUCACAUUGGAGAUAUAUUGGUUGUAUCUUGCUCAUCCUUAUUCAAGCUUUCAUAUUUGUGAAGGACUCGACUCCCUUCCUUCCAUACUCCUUGCUUUUCACCAAAUUACUCUUGUCAUUGAGGGCACUUGGAUAACUGAAGUUGAUAUUUAUAUCUGAUCAAUCUAUAAAUGUCACAGAACUAUGCUGCCUGAAGUGAUCUUGGCUCCUUAAUGGUUUUUGGCCACUUGGUUAGUUAACAGCUGGGUAGUUCUAAUCUUUUCUGUUUCAUUGCCUUAACCACAAAUUGUGGUGCUUUUUGUAUAUUUUAUGUAUAAAUCACAAAGUUGAAUUCUGACUAUUUUUAAGACAAAAGUCUGUUAAACUUUUUUAUUGUAAAGAAUAUUUAUUAUGCGAAUCUCUAUUAUUUUAUGAUAUUUAUUGCAAAAGACUGUUGAAAUGUACUCAUGUCUGAAUAUAACAAAAUAUCAAUACGUAACGGAAAAUAAGGUGACACGAAGAAAGUACGUAUGUUAACUAUAAUGCAGAAAAUAUAUUAAUUAAUGAAACUGUCUCUUGAUUUCUUCAUUUAUUAGCGUGUACUGUUGUGAUUUUUGUUAUUUGCUUUGACUCUUCAUGCAUACCCAUUUUCUUUCUGUCCCUUAAUAUACCAAAUCUAGAUGUAGGUGAGCUCAAAUCUUGAACUAGAUGUUUCCUGGAAAAUUCAUUAAUCAAGAUUUUAUAUUCCAAAUUCUGUUUCAACAAAUGCCCAAGUGAAUCACUUUACAAAGUGAAAAAAGUUUUUCUGUCAUUAAUAUUAACAAUUCCAUCCCUCCUUUGGCUAUUUUGUAAGCAAGGGGUUUUGUGUAUAUCAAUUUCUUGGAAUGGGACAUACCUGUAUGUUUUAAAUAAUGUUUAUCUUAACUCUUGGAUUAGUCUGAAAUUAAUUUUCAUCAGCAAAGCUUAAAAAAUUAGUUCUGUAGCCAUACUAGGAGUCUCUGGCACUGUCAUUUUAAUAAAACAUUAUAGAAUUUAAGAGUGCAUCAAGGGGAUAGUUAACAUUAUCAAAGAGAAGUUUUAAAAACAUUCCAAUCCUUUUCAUGCCUUUAAUAAGUCUUUAAUGUGCCCUGAUCAAAUAACAUUGUGUCAUGUCUCAUGGAAUUAGAAAUGUGAGGGUGUGAAACUUUAUAUUAAAAAAGUACAUGUUUUUAGUUUUUAGCCUGCUGAAGUCAGGACAUAGUUAGAAUCUUUGGGUCUGAUAAAAUUUUUUUCACGUGAAUCCUCAGACUUGAUUUCACUGACUCCUCCGUAUGCCUAAGUGACGUGUCAAACCUGAAUAAUUAGCAUUUGAGAAUAAGAUGUUGGCAUAAUUUGAACCCAGGAUUUAGGCUGUCAAAACUCUUAUCCAGCUUUUUUGUUUGGUUGUUGUCUCUUACAUGAUUUGACUACUAGUUUUGGAUUAUUUAUCCUUUGUAUUUAUAGACUUUGAUUUUGUUUUAAUUAAAUGAGACAUAAAUGAUAGAAAGUUUUAAUGCAUUUCCACCAAGCCACUAAACCUAUUAGUUGGCAUUGUGACAUUUGGCUUAAUCAAGUAUUUUCUCUAUGCUCUGAAAGCAGGAACAUUUUUAAAAAUUUCAUAAUCUAUGGUAUUUUAAAAUGUUAAUUUGUUUCCUCUUGUAUUCAAGUUAUGUGGUGAUAUCACUGGUCCCUGAAUAUUGAAUAUUUCAUUGAGAUUUGGCUCCUUAAUGAAGCAUGAAUAGACUCCUUCAAAA